AUGUUCAACUACCAUAUAAGGAGUUCGUCGUUAGACUUUGGAAUUCCGGACCUCAAUGAUGCCAUCACGAAUUUUAUCAUUUAUUUUGACGGCGCUUUGCCUCCAUACCAGGGUAGCUUUGUUCUUUGCGAAGUCUUUCUGGUUUUGAGACCAUGGAUCUACCGCAUUUCAACUUACCCGGCGAACAUCGGCCACGCCAACUGA